AUGGAGGGUGUCCCCAGCACCGCGAUCCGAGAAAUCUCACUGCUGAAGGAGCUGAAGCACCCCAACAUAGUCAGGCUCCUGGAUGUCAUAGACAGCGAGAGGAAGCUCUGUCUCGUGUUUGAGUAUCUGAAUCAGGACCUGAAGCAAUACAUGGACUCGUGCCAAAAUGGACAGCUUCCUUUGGGCUUGGUCAAGAACUACCUUUUCCAGCUGCUGCAGGGGGUGAACUUCUGCCACGUGCACAGAGUCAUCCACAGGGACUUGAAGCCGCAGAACUUGCUCAUUAAUGAAGCAGGAACAAUCAAACUGGCUGAUUUUGGACUGGCAAGAGCUUUCGGAGUCCCCCUGCGCAUGUACACUCACGAGGUGGUGACUCUGUGGUACCGAGCCCCUGAAAUACUCCUGAGAUGCAAGUACUACUUAACCGCUGUGGAUAUAUGGAGCAUCGGCUGCAUCUUUGCAGAAAUGGUGAUCGGGAAGGCCAUGUUUCCAGGGGACUCUGAGAUCGAUCAGCUCUUCCAGAUCUUUCGCACCCUGGGCACUCCCACCGAGGCAACCUGGCCUGGAGUGACCCAGCUGCCUGACUACAACAGGGAGUUUCCCCGGUGGGCGAGGAAGGAGAUGAAGGAAAUUGUUCCCAAAUUAGACAGAGAUGGCAGAGACUUACUGGUGCAGUUGCUCCUGUACGACCCCAAAAGGCGCAUCACAGCCCAGGCAGCCCUCCAGCACCAGUACUUCUGGAAAAGUCCUCAGAGCCCUGAACGGCGACGUGCCCUGCAGAAACACUGCAAAUGA